CAUUCUGCUUCCCCGGAGCCGAAUGAAGCAGAGAGCAGGAUUAGAGUCCGCCACCGGCUAUCAGAAGAGCCUAGAUAAAAGGAACUGCUUCUUAAGCACCACUGCCGCAGCCCUUGUUAAUUUUUUUUUUUUUUUUCUUUCCACACCAGUUGUGCCUCAUUAUCCGGUGCCUGGCUCGAUUUUUUUUUUUUUUUUUUGAGGGUUUGAAGUUUCUGUGCUUCAGUGACUAUUACAGAAGAAGAGGUGUUAGUGUUGCCGUGAGGUCUUGAUUGUCUGCAUUUAUGAAUGAAACUGACCUAAAUCACCUGUUACCUCCAGUUUCCAGAUUGUUUGAACUUCUCUGGCCGCACAAUACAGGAGGGAAGGCUGAAGCAGCAUAAGGACCUACAGCGUCUGCAGCAUGGGCUGGUUCGCUAGGAUUGUCUGUCUUUUCUGGGGAGUAUUACUUACAGCGAGAGCGAACUAUCAAAAUGGGAAGAACAAUGUACCAAGGCUGAAAUUAUCCUACAAAGAAAUGUUGGAAUCCAACAAUGUGAUCACUUUCAGUGGCUUGGCCAACAGCUCCAGUUAUCAUACCUUCCUUUUGGAUGAGGAACGGAGUAGGCUGUAUGUUGGAGCAAAGGAUCACAUAUUUUCAUUCAACCUGGUUAAUAUCAAGGAUUUUCAAAAGAUUGUGUGGCCAGUAUCUUAUACCAGAAGGGAUGAAUGCAAGUGGGCUGGAAAAGAUAUCCUGAAAGAAUGUGCUAAUUUCAUCAAGGUGCUUAAGGCUUAUAAUCAGACUCACUUGUACGCCUGUGGAACAGGGGCUUUUCAUCCAAUUUGCACCUACAUUGAAAUUGGACAUCAUCCUGAGGAUAACAUUUUUAAGCUGGAGGACUCACAUUUUGAAAAUGGCCGUGGGAAGAGUCCAUAUGACCCUAAACUGCUGACGGCAUCUCUUUUAAUAGAUGGAGAAUUAUACUCCGGGACUGCGGCUGAUUUUAUGGGGCGAGAUUUUGCAAUCUUCAGAACUCUCGGGCACCACCACCCAAUUAGGACGGAGCAGCAUGAUUCCAGGUGGCUCAAUGAUCCAAGGUUCAUUAGUGCCCACCUCAUCCCAGAAAGUGACAACCCUGAAGAUGACAAAGUAUAUUUUUUCUUCCGUGAAAAUGCAAUAGAUGGAGAACACACUGGAAAAGCCACCCACGCCAGAAUAGGUCAGAUAUGCAAGAAUGAUUUCGGGGGCCACAGAAGUCUGGUGAAUAAGUGGACAACAUUCCUCAAAGCUCGUCUGAUUUGCUCUGUGCCGGGUCCAAAUGGCAUUGACACUCAUUUUGAUGAAUUGCAGGAUGUAUUCCUAAUGAAUUCUAAAGAUCCUAAGAAUCCAAUUGUAUAUGGAGUGUUUACAACUUCCAGCAACAUCUUCAAGGGGUCAGCAGUGUGUAUGUAUAGCAUGAGUGAUGUGAGAAGGGUGUUCCUUGGUCCAUAUGCUCACAGGGAUGGCCCCAACUAUCAGUGGGUGCCUUAUCAAGGAAGAGUCCCCUACCCACGACCAGGAACUUGUCCCAGUAAAACAUUUGGUGGAUUUGACUCUACAAAAGACCUUCCUGAUGAUGUUAUAACAUUUGCAAGGAGUCAUCCAGCUAUGUACAAUCCGGUGUUUCCUAUUAAUAACCGCCCGAUAAUGAUCAAAACAGAUGUAAAUUAUCAAUUUACACAAAUUGUAGUAGAUCGAGUGGAUGCAGAAGAUGGCCAAUAUGAUGUUAUGUUUAUUGGAACAGAUGUUGGGACCGUUCUUAAAGUAGUUUCAAUUCCUAAGGAGACUUGGCAUGAUUUAGAAGAAGUUCUACUGGAAGAAAUGACAGUUUUUCGGGAGCCAACUACUAUUUCAGCAAUGGAGCUUUCCACCAAGCAGCAACAACUAUAUAUCGGUUCCACCACGGGGGUCGCUCAGCUCCCGUUACACCGCUGUGAUAUUUAUGGGAAAGCCUGUGCAGAGUGCUGCCUCGCCCGAGACCCUUACUGUGCCUGGGAUGGCUCUUCAUGCUCUCGCUAUUUUCCCACUGCAAAGAGACGCACAAGACGACAAGAUAUAAGAAAUGGAGACCCGCUGACUCACUGUUCAGACUUACAACACCAUGAUAAUCACCAUAGCCACAGCCUUGAAGAAAGAAUCAUCUAUGGAGUAGAAAAUAGUAGCACGUUCCUGGAAUGCAGUCCAAAAUCACAGCGAGCUCUAGUCUAUUGGCAAUUCCAGAGGCGAAAUGAAGAGCGAAAAGAAGAGAUCAGAGUGGAUGAUCAUAUCAUCAGGACAGAACAAGGCCUUCUACUGCGUAGCCUACAACGGAAGGAUUCAGGCCAUUACCUCUGCCAUGCCGUGGAACAUGGAUUCAUGCAGACUCUUCUUAAAGUGACCCUGGAAGUCAUUGACACGGAGCAUUUGGAAGAACUUCUUCAUAAAGAUGAUGAUGGAGAUGGCUCUAAGACCAAAGAAAUAUCCAACAGCAUGACACCUAGCCAGAAAGUCUGGUACAGAGACUUCAUGCAGCUCAUCAACCACCCCAACCUGAACACAAUGGAUGAGUUCUGCGAACAAGUGUGGAAAAGGGACAGAAAACAGCGUCGGCAAAGACCAGGACAUACCCAAGGGAACAGUAACAAAUGGAAGCACUUACAGGAAAAUAAGAAAGGUAGAAACAGGCGGACCCACGAAUUUGAGAGGGCACCCAGGAGUGUCUGAGCUGCAUUACCUCUAGAAACCUCAAACGCGUAGAACCUUGCCUAGACAAUAACUGGAAAAAAUGCAAUAUACAUGAACUCUUUUCAUGGCAUUAUGUGGAUGUUUACAAUGGUGGAAAAUGCAACUGAGUUCCUCCAAUUAUAAAUUAAGUCCAUGAGUAACUUUGCUAACAGACUUUCCUCCUAAUACCGACACCUAAUAGAGGUCACGUGAACGCAGAUGUUCACUUUAGCAGACUUAAGUGUUUCCUAUGAGAUUUCAUUGUACAGGUUUCACUUUCUUCUUUGCCUGAGAAAUAAAAAUGUCAUUUGCCAUAUUGCCAUCUACAGAAGAAAAACUGCAUCAGCAAAGCCAUUUUAUUGAACUGCAAGUUUAAAACAAACUGCAUGGAUUUAUGAAGCUGAUGAAUAUUCCAAAAUAUAGUUGGAUUCAAGGAUAUUUUUUGUCUACCAGCACUCAUGUUUAUAUGUACUGGAGGAGUAAAAUGAUACUGAAUAAAUGGUCUGUGGAAAUAUAAAAAACAUAAACCAUCCAUCAUCCAGAAGAAAAAUGGAAUACACUGAUCUACUACUGAUGUCUUCUUUCAGCUUUGAUCUAAAGAUGUAUUUUAUUAAAACUAUAAUUUAAAUGUACCAUGACAAAUAUACAGUAAAAAUUAGCUCUUUUCUAAGCUAGAGUAGGUUUUUGUCUUCGAGUUAUUGUGCUAUAUAGUUUUUGUUUUAAAAACUCCAGUCGCGUGCUGCUUUUUGCCGGCAUUGUGUUUUUAGUUCUGUAAGAGGGACAGCCGAUAGUGUUCAAGAAACACAUAAACAUCAUUUACCGUUGAUUCCUAAAGCCUGCAUAUAAACUAUGCUUUAUUUCUCUGAGGAAUUCAAACAAAUAACACCUCCCCCUUCUUUAAGUAUUAUCAAAAAAUAAUUUUAACUUGCAUAAUGUUCCUAGAAAAAAACGAGCAUUUAACCAGCAAAAUCAGAAGCAGCAAACUGACUUGUUAAAUGCCUUGUGUUGUACCUAAUGGAUCAAUAAGGAGAAAAGGAACUGCAUAUUUCACGAAAAUAAUAAGCAUUGUUUAAAUAUAGCAGUAACAGAAAAUCUCUUAAUUCUGUGCUUGAAAACUUGCAUGAUAUUUGAGACAUAAAAAACUCCCAUGAUUCCUUUAGGAAUUACGUCUGUGUCACUUAAUUUUUUUUGAAAAAAGAUCAGUAAUAGAACAAUUUCUUAAAAGCAAAUUUCCCAACUCUGUUUACAUCUGUAUCAUCUGUCUUUUAUCUCAUCUUGUUUAAAAUAAUUAUCUGUCUAAGGAACACAUGAUUCAUUUCAUGUUGAUGGGAGUGACUUUUAUACAAACUGUUUUCCAGGACACAGCUCACACUUAAAACAUGUCAAGCUUUUUGUUUCCUGCAAUAACUUAUAAAAUAAGGUAAAAGAUGAUCAAUAAAGGACUUGCCUUUUUCCUUG